AUGGAUGGCAUUAUCAGUUUUUCAACAACCAGAGAAACAACCAAACAAACCAAUACCAAAAUGUUCAAAUUCGCCGUUUUCUUGGCUCUUUUGGCUGUCGCCAUUGCCGCUCCAGGAUAUUUGGGAGGUGGAUUAGGAUACGGAGUCGGAUACGGAGUCGGUGGUUUUGGAGUCGGAGUCGGACACGUUGCCGCUCCACUCGUUGUUCCACGUGUUCACGUUGCUCCACUCGCUGUAGGAUACGGUUACGGUCACGGACAUCUCGGAUACGGAGGAUUCGGACACCACUUCGGUUAAAUAUGUUUUUAAAUUAAUUUACGGAUUAUUUUGGAAAACCCGUUCAAAAUAAAAACCUGUUCCAUUCUCAAUCAGAAAACAUUUACAACAACAACCAUAACCACAACAACUUUUGAAUUUAUAUGCUACUAAAUUUCAAUAAAUAAAACAGUUUUUUUUGGGCUUUUUUUUUU